AUGUCUUCUUCAACUGAGGUCGAAACUUUUCUAAAGAAACCCGACGAUAGCACUACUGGGGGACAUGUGGUAGAAUUCCUUAAUUCGCGAUUUCGCGAAUUAGAAGACUUGGAGAAGCUUGACAGCAUUUUGAGUAAUAUAAAGAAGCGCGAGGGAGAACUGGAGGAAAAGCGCGUAAAGACGCAAGAAAAAACAACAGAAACGCUCCAAUCGUCUUUAAAAGCCUUUAAAUCGACUGUAGCGCUUCUUGAAGGUUUCCAGGCUACGCGUAUGGAUCUCGAAGAGGAUUUGACUGACCACUGCAGCGAACUCACUUCUUCGAAUUCUUUUGGAAUUUAUCGAAAACCAAACUCUAAAACAUUCCUUCAAGACUUGAUUCUCUUAAACGACAAUAUAACCGAUCUCAAGGCCGCAAAACAGUAUCUGGGAACAGUCAUGGUAGCAGAGGAGCUAAGUAAUCAAGCAACGCAGUUGAUUGAAAAAUCACCACAAAAGGCUCUUGUUCCUUACAUGCAAUUGGCCGAAUUAUCGCAAAAUAUUAGAAAAAAUAAUAAUUAUAGUGACGGAGUGGUUGGCAACCUUGAUGAAUAUUUGAUGAGGACAGUCGAAUCUUUAUUAUUGGAAAUGAGAAGCAGGCUAACAAAAAAAUUCCAGCAGACACUCGAUGCCUUGCAAUGGCCGAAUCCCAUCGAAUUGCCAUACACACCAAACAUGCAUGACAAAAUAGCUGCUUUUCGGAAAGCAUUCAUUGAAUUGUUACUCCUCCAGCGUCCAGUCGAGAAUCUUGAUAAUCGAACUUUGCCGAGAGACUCUACCAAGGGCAAGAACCAAGAACUACCGCGGCUCAUUCCGAUUGAAGUGAUGGUUGAACCCUUGAUUUUACGAUUCAGAUAUCAUUUUGACUCCAAGAGGCGUACUAAUAGAAUCGAUAAGCCAGAAUGGUUCUUUACCUUUGUUUUGAACAUGAUACGUGAUCAUUCUUUGUUCUUCGCUGAAGAAGUACAAAGCAUUCUCCACGAAGCCAAGUUUACGCUUUACAAUGCUAAAAAUGACUUUAUUAGAGCGUUACUCACUGCAAUAACGCAUAAACUCAGUCAUAUAGCACCAUCAUUAUUAAAUACACCGCACAUAUUCUCUCAUACAGUAUUUGAGACUUUACAAUUUGAUCAGACCUUACGAGAAGUUCACUUUUAUGUCCCGCCCGGACUAGAAGAAUGGAAGGGAUGUGUUGAAGUGUUUACUGGACGCAAAGAAUUGUUUAAAGCUUGGCUUCAGGUAGAAAGAGAUUUUGCAGAAGCUCGUUAUAAUGAUAUCGUGCAUGCAGAAGACGCAUGGGACAUUGAUGAAGAUGCAUCGUCAGAAGACGAACUUCGGCCAACAAAAUCAGCAGAAAAGCUAAUCGACCUGUUGGAAUUAAUAACAAGCCGUUACAAACCUCUCCCAAUGUUCAAUAUUCGUAUACGCUUCCUUGUUGAUAUUCAAACAGAACUUCUCGAUGCAUAUGCAAAGAGGAUAGAGUCUGCCGUCAAUGCUUUUGAAAGUAUUGGUCAUUCUAUUAUGAAGGCAGUGCCCGUUGCAGGGGCAGUUUCUGAUAACAAGUGGACAGAGGGUGUUGAGGGAUUGAAACGGUUGUGUCGGUGGUUGAGUGCAGCUAGAUAUGUUUGUGCGGUUAUCAAAGAAUGGGGAGAAGAUCCGUUUUUCUUGGACUUGUGGCACGAUGUCAAUAUCCGUGCUGCCAUGAAUACAGACGUCGCCUCUUUACCCUCUCCUAUACCUUCAGUCAGAUCGUCUGAAGGUGGUGCUCCUGAUGAAGACGAUGAGGCAUAUGACACUUCAAACAAUGAUGGGACUAUAUUUGACGGAUCAGCUGAACCGUAUGAUAGAUUAAUAGAACGAAUAGAGAGGAUAAUUGUCAGGAAUGUAUCCCGAGAAUUUACGAAUGAAGCAAAGGCGUACAACAGAAAGACAACAUGGUCUCGCAAAGAUAUCCACACUUUCGACGCUUCCGUUGCAUUUCCAACAUCACACUUGGAUCCUUCAUUCGAUCCCAAGAAAGCGUUAGAAAUCUCUCCCGAACUCUACACACCACUCGCGCAGCUUACUCAUUCGCUCACUUUUCUUGCUGAUAAUCUCCCUAACAGACUUUUUUUGCAAUUGUACAAAGAACUGUCGAAAGAGAUUGAGGAUUACUUGUGGCAUCGUUUAUUGAUGCGCAAUCAAUUCUCUGAAAUUGGGGGUUGGCAAUUUACGACCGAUGUUGAGAAGGGACUGUUUACUAUUGGGCGAAGAUGGGUCAGGAAGCCCGAGACAUAUUUCAGAAGGACACACGACGCGUGCAUUCUGCUCACCCUGCCAACCGAAAAGGAGCAUAGACACAAUACUGGAAAACAUAGGACUAUCUUUGACGUCCUGCAAAUUCUAACUAAUAAUGAUGAACCAAAUGCUAUUCCAAGAUUAUUAGAGGAAUUGCAAAUAUAUGUUUUGAACGCUGAAGAAGUGAGAGAAGUAAUAGAGAGACGAGUAGAGGUUUGGAGGCAUUAA